UCCAUACAGUAUGAGGAAGGACAAAAGCCAAUGUGACUUCUCAAUAAAAGCAGGAUCUGAAGAAAUUUUCGCUCAUAGGAAUAUACUCUCUGCUGGAUCUGAUUACUUUAAAGCAAUGCUUUCUCACGAUACGAAAGAAAGCCAGGCUGGUUUUGUUGAGAUAAAGAAAGCAAGUCCAAUUUGUGUGGAAAAAUGUAUCGAUUUUAUAUACACUGGAACAGGAUCUGUAGCUGAUGGAGAUCGUCAAGAUUUGAUGUAUGUGGCUCAUAUGAUGCAACUACAACGGCUAUGUGAUGGAAUUGCUGUAUUUCUGGAGAACGAUUUGUCACCUGAGACCUUUGUCUCAACAAAGCAAAUAGCAAAAAUGUUUAAUUGCAAAAAAUUGGAAAAUCAUUGCAAUCAAUUUUCUCUGGAGAAUUUUCGAUUAAUUGCUGUUUCGGAGGAUUUUAAGGACCUGGAAAAGGAUGAUGUUUCUUUUCUUGUGACUUCCAAAGAGGCAAAGGCAACCGUUGAUGAUAAAUGUAAAGCCUUAAUUCUAUGGGCUCAAUAUGAAUCAACUGAAAGAGCUUUGGUUUUUGAAGAGAAUUUUAAAUUGCUUGAUUUGAGUAAAAUGCAGAAUGAAUACAUGAGAUAUUUGCUAGAGAAUGAGCCACUUGUCUGUGACUCGAAACCAUGCUGGAAAAUCCUUUUUGCUGCACUGAUGGACAAAGCGAAAAUAAAAUCUGAAGACCAUAUCAUAAAUGGUGAAUGUGAGAUGUUAGAGUUUUCUAGUUGCUAUAAACCGAAAAAUCAUGUUGUUGCUGUGUUUGAUAAAACUUCAAAGUCAAUUCAAGGUUUAAAUCUAGAAAACAAUCAGUGGGUGAAACUGCAGAGCAUUACAGAUGAGAUUGCUAGUAAACAAUUUGUGGCAGUCGUCAUUGAUGAAGAUAUUUACAUACUUGGAUACGAUAAGACAAACUAUUGUUUGAAAAACUAUUCUGAUCCUGAAGCAACUUGGGUUCGAGUCUCUGAUCGGAAGUCAAAUGGUAGACUGCGUGCAGUGACUUUGAAUGGCAUAAUUUACGCUUUCGAUGAUUCUGAUGAUUACAGUUCAGCUGUUGAAAGUUUGCGAGCUCCAAAUGAGACAUGGCGGCAAGUGACUAAGAAACCGGUUUCAUCCUAUGAAUGCUCACUUGUGUCGGCAAAAGGUUCCAUCUACUGUCUUGGAGGUUACAAAAAUGCAUAUUCUAUUUCCAACAAUCUGAAAUUUGAUCCAGUUAAUUCAAAAUGGCACACAUUACCCAACUUGCCUGCUGGAAGAUGUUAUGCUGCAGCUGUAGAGUUGGACGAAAAGAUCUAUGUGCUGGGGGGAAGCCCGUUCAAUGAUUACCUUAAUACCACAUCAUGUUUUGAUAUUGCAUCGGAAACAUGGACAAAUCUGGCAUGCAUGCAUCAUGCAAGAAUGCAACUUGGAGCUUGUGUUGCACAAAACAAAAUUUAUAUUAUCGGAGGACUUGGUUCAAACGACAACAUUGAGGAGUAUGACCCAGUACAGAACACUUGGAAAGUCAUUGGAAACACUACUGAGAAGAAUAUUGAAGCUGAAGCCUCACUUUCAUUAGUUCAUAUGGUGUAGCAAUAUAAACAGCCACUGCUACCAUACUUAUUAAAUAAUAAGACCUACGCCAAAUAUUAUGGGCCUGUUCUGUUGAGAAGCCUUCC